GAUCGAGGCUUUGGAGAAAACUAUGAGAGUUCACUCUCGAGCUGCAAGGAUGGGAUUUGAGCAGGACAUGGUUGUGGCGAGCUCGCUCGUGGAUGCCUACGCAAAAUGUGGGAGUUUGCUGGAUUCUCGCAGAGUUUUCGAUAGGAUGGUUCAUCACGACGUCGUCGCUUGGACCUCGCUCCUUCUCGGGCAUGGAGGCUGCUGGAUGCUCGCCAAACACGCGGACCUUCGUUGCAGUGAUCAAGGCUUGCGCAAACUUGGCCGUGAGAGAUAAUGGUAAGAAGGCGGCGAUGCUGCUCAAGGGGAGAGACUUACACUUGCAAGCUGAGAAGCUCGGAUUUGGAAGGGAUGCUUUCGUAGCAGCCAGCCUGGUGAACUUCUACGCGAAGUGUGGAAGGAUGGAGCAGGCUCGAGAAGUUUUCGACAGGAUAAAGCAGCCAGAUGUGGUGUCAUGGAACGCUCUGAUCUUGGGAUAUGCUGCGAAUGGCCAAGGAGAGGUGGCUUACGAGCUUUUCCAGAGGUUUCUUCGACGACACAGAGAUGGAUAUAGUUCGAUCGCUCCCGACGGAGUAACGUUUGCUGCUGCUUUGAACGCUUGCGGCGGCAUGGCAGCGAAAGAACAGGCCAAACUUGGGACUGGAAAGCUGCUCAAAACUCUCGACAAAGUCAUGGCUCUUCACGUCCAAGCCGAGAAGAGCUUGUCGUGCGAUAAGUUUCCCAAGAGUAUCGUCAACAGUCUCAUGGAUCUGUACGCCAGGUGUGGAAGUUUGGAGGAUGCGAGGCGAGCAUUCGACAGGAUGUCGUGCCACUCGCAUUCAAACUGGACGAGUUUGAUUUCGAUCUACGCCGACUACGACGAACCGGAGCUUGCUUUUGAGCUCUUCGAGCACUUGCAAGCUCAUGACGAGCUUAUCAAUGCCCGAGCUUUCCUUGCCGGACUAAAAGCCGUCACUGCUCUUGUGGAACGAGAACAAAGUGUGAGACAGGCUGAUGGAAAACACUUGAAGUUGGUUUCCUUGAAGACCGCCUUGGAGAUCCACUACCGAGCCAUCAGCCAUGGCUGCGAUUGCGAUAGCUACGUCGCAUGCAGCCUCGUAACUCUUUACGCAAAGUGUGGAAGUCUUGUGGAGGCUACGAAAGUUUUCGAGGAGAUGGCGGAGCCGCCGGAUGCUGCGUUGUGGAACGCAGUGAUUUUGGGAUGUGCCGAGAACGAGCAAGGCGACUUGGCACUGGAAUACUUCGCAAGGAUGCAAGCUACAGCUUCCUGCAAGCCAGACGCCAUUACUUUCUGUGCUGCUCUCGAGGCGUGCAGUGUUUUAGCCGGGAAAGAAGCAGGCACACAAGUUGAGGGCGAUAAAGUUGCGAAGCUCGUUUCGCUGGAAAGAGGCAUGGAAGUUCAUUCCCGGAUCGUGAAAGAUGGUCGUGGAGAGCUAGAACAAGACGUGGUUCUUUCGAGUGCACUGAUCAGCAUGUACUCGAAGUGUGGAAGCCUGGUGGAUGCUGUGCGAGUUUUCGAGAGGAUUGAGCGGCACGACGUUGUUUCUUGGACGGCACUCGUGCUCGGAUGUGUAGAAAACGGGGAGGCCGGACUGUCUUUGAGAUACUUUUGGCCGAUGCUGCUAGAACGGGACUCGUCUUCUUUCAAGCCCGACUCGAGAGCUGUCGUGGCUGCGCUCAAGGCUUGCUGCGCCCUGGCAGAUGAAGAGAGAUCCUCUCUAAAACUCGACGAGACAUCGUCCAAGUUGAUGGUCGAGAGUUUGGAGCAAGGCAUGGCGGUUCAUUCCGAAGCAGCCAAGCAUGGAUUCGAACUCGACAUGGUGGUGGCCAACACCUUGGUGGAGUUUUACUCCAAGUGUGGAAGCAUGCUGGACGCUCGAGCAGCUUUCGACAAGAUGCCUCAGCGAAACUCUUCGUCGUGGACUUCACUCCUGCUGGGAUAUGUCGAGUGUGGCCAGCCGGAGGUGGCUCUGGAACUCUUUGAGCUCGCAAGAGCAAGCAGGAGGGAUCUCUUCGAUGCUCCUGGCUUCGUUGCUGCUCUCAAGGCUUGCGGAGUUCUGGUUUCACUCCAGUCGGCGAAAGAUAUCCAUGCCGAGAUCUAUCGACGUCCAGACUUGCUCGAAGAGAACGAGCUCUUGGUGACGACUUUGGUGGAUGUGUACGGUAAAUGCGGCAGCAUGGUCGAUGCUGAACACAUUUUUGACUAUGUGGUCGCGGCGAGAGACGAUCCAGUGAUUUGGUCGGCACUUAUCUCUGGAUACAGUCGACAGGGAAACACGCAACAGGUGCUUGGAGUUUUCCGCAAGAUGGAGGGCGAGUUUGUGCGAGUGAGCUCCAGCUCGUUGCUGUGCUUCCUCACGGCUUGCAGUCACGCAGGCCUUGUGGAGAAAGGAGCUCGCUGUUUCGAGAGGAUGGCAUCCAAGUAUGGGGUUUCUCCGAGCUUAGAACACUAUAGCGCAAUGGUCGAUCUCUACGGCCGAGCCGGCAAACUCGAGGCUGCUCUGAGCUUGGUGGAAAGCGUGGCUUUGGAAGCAAAUGCCGGGAUCUGGAGAAGUAUUCUCGGUGCCUGCUGGAAGUGGAAAAAUUCCGUGGUGGCGAGAGUUGCGUACAAACGUUUGCUGGAUAUGAACGAAGCUGACGCUGGGGCUCAUGUCACCAUGGCAAAUCUUUGCUCACUGGAACACUAGAAGAACGGCUACUGCCAUGUUUUGGAUCGAGUCACUCCCUCGUUUCGUUUGUGGAUGAUCUUUGUGGUGAAACUCGAAAGCUAGAAGACUUUGAUA